AUGCCAUGCACCUCUGGCGUGUCUUAUUUGCAGGACCGAUACAAGGGUUCUUGGCCCCAUCUUGGCAUUUAUCAAAUGCUCCGCUCUAUAAAGAGGCUCGCGCUCCCCGUACUGACAAGAAAAAAAUUAUUUUAUAGACUACAACAAAUUAAUCUUUUAGAGUUUGGUAUGCCUAACUCUGAUUCGAACAAAGAGAAAAUUCCAUCUUACGAACGUAAUGACACUGAAGAGUCUUCCUCCAUGUCAAGCAAGUAUACUGGUGCUGACGAGUUUCAGCCCUAUCGUCACACGGUAGAGAAAGUUGCUCGCGUGUUCGGAUGCGACACAACUAAUGGCUUGACCUCGCAAGCUGCUAAAGAUUUGCUCCUGGAGCACGGCUCCAACACCUUGGGCGAAGGCGAUAAGAUCAGCUACACCAAGAUUUUGGCUCACCAGGUGUUCAAUGCUAUGAUCAUGGUAUUGCUCAUUUCCAUGGUUAUUGCUUUGGCCAUCAAGGAUUGGAUCUCUGGUGGUGUUAUCGGUGCCGUUGUCCUUAUUAAUAUUUCCAUCGGUUUCAUCCAGGAAGUGAAGGCGGAGAAAACUAUGGGAUCCUUGAGAUCCUUGAGUUCCCCUUCCGCAAGAGUGACUCGUGACGGUGACGACUUUCAGAUUGCCGCUGAGGAAGUUGUUCCUGGCGAUAUUGUUCACAUCAAAGUCGGAGACACUGUUCCCGCUGACUUGAGAUUAAUUGACGUUAUGAACUUGGAAACUGAUGAAGCCCUUUUGACUGGUGAGUCCUUGCCCGUGGCUAAAAACCACGAAGAGGUUUACUCGGACCUGUCUGUUCCUGUUCCAGUCGGCGACAGAUUGAACAUGGCAUUUUCUUCUUCCAUCGUUUCGAAGGGUAGAGGAACUGGUAUUGUUAUCGCCACGGGAUUAAACACAGAGAUUGGUAGAAUUGCCCAGUCUUUGAGAGGUGAAAAGGGAGUAAUUAGAUCAGUCAAUAGGGAUGGCGACAAUUCCCCUGGCGUGAAAGAUUACUCUCGAGCAUUUUUUGGAACCAUCAAAGACAUCACAGGUAACUUUUUGGGUGUGACUGUCGGAACACCUUUGCAACGUGUUUUGUCCUGGUUGGCAAUCUUUUUGUUUUGGGUGGCCGUUGUCUUUGCCAUUGUGGUUAUGGCGGUUCAAAAAAUGCACGUCAACAAGGAAGUGGCCAUCUACGCUAUUUGUGUGGCUUUAUCUAUGAUUCCUUCUGCAUUGGUUGUCGUUUUGACCAUCACCAUGGCCGUCGGUGCCCAAGUGAUGGUAUCUAAGAAUGUCAUUGUCCGUAAACUUGACUCCUUGGAAGCGUUGGGCGGUAUCAAUGACAUUUGCUCUGACAAAACAGGCACGUUGACCCAGGGAAAAAUGGUAGCGAAAAAGGUGUGGAUUCCUUCGGUUGGCACCUUUGGAAUGGAAAACUCUAAUGAAGCCUUCAACCCAGAAAUCGGUGACUUGACCUACACCAAGUACUCUCCUAAGUACGUGAAGGAAACAGAUGAAGAGAUUGACUUUUUGCCAAUUGACAAGACUGAUAAAGAAAAUUUUGCAACGAACUUCAAAACUUGGUUGACUGCUGCAACUUUGGCCAACAUUGCUACUGUGACUCAAAGUAAAGACGAAGAAUCUGGUGAAAUGGUUUGGAAAGCGCACGGAGAUGCUACUGAAAUUGCCAUUCAAGUGUUUUGCUGUAGAGUUGGUUUCCCUAGAGAAGAAUUUGCCAGAGGUUUCAAGCACAUCGAAGAAUUCCCAUUUGAUUCUUCUAUCAAGAGGAUGUCUGCAAUUUAUACUAUGGGCGACAAGACUAAGGUUUUCACCAAGGGUGCAGUGGAGAGAAUUUUGCGCAGAUGCACCCGGUGGACUGGUAAUCCGGAAGAAAAGACAGACACCUCUGAAUUGGUGGAAAUGACAGAGGAUGACAUUGCAGAAAUAGAAGCUAAUAUGGAUGCUAUGUCUUCUCAAGGUUUGCGUGUGUUGGCCUUUGCCAGUAGGGACUACGAUCUUGAAAAGGAAGAUAUUUCGGACAGAGAAGCUGUUGAAUCUAACUUGACUUUCCAUGGAUUGGUUGGUAUUUACGACCCUCCUCGUCUUGAGACAGCAAAAUCUGUUAAAUUGUGUCAUAAGGCUGGUAUUAAUGUCCAUAUGGUUACUGGUGAUCAUCCAGGAACUGCGAAAGCCAUUGCUCAAGAAGUCGGUAUCAUUCCACGCAACUUGUAUCAUUACAGCCAGGAGGUUGUAGAUGCAAUGUGUAUGACCGCAGUUGAUUUUGAUGCUUUAACUGAUGAACAAAUUGACGCUUUGCCCGUUUUGCCUUUGGUUAUUGCCCGUUGUGCGCCACAAACUAAAGUCAGAAUGAUCGACGCAUUGCAUCGCCGUGACAAAUUCUGUGCUAUGACCGGAGAUGGUGUCAAUGAUUCUCCAUCUUUGAAGAAAGCAGAUGUUGGUAUUGCCAUGGGUCUUAACGGUUCUGAUGUGGCCAAGGAUGCCUUCUGA